AUGACAGCUCUCGGUGCUGCCGACCGGUAUCGGGGAACGGCGAAAAACGAGAAACGAAUAAUCGAGCAAUCGAGUAAAAACAAGGAGCGGGCAGCGGCGUGCGGAGGCGAUGCGAUAAUUCGUUCGGAUGCGAAGGAAACUUACGUGAGUGACGUAUCAAGGGGCGGCAGGCGGGCCGAGAUAUCCUCCCGUUCACCUGAAGAGGCGCCUCGUCAGCCGCUAAGCCCCUCGCCCCUCGCCCCCUCCCCGCGUGGU